AUGGGGCCCCCGGGCAAUCGGGGAUCAUGGGGCCCCUGUGUCCUUGCCCAAACUCAAAAAAGCCUAUGAAAAAGAUGAUCUAUGUAUCCUGGCGGAGGAGGAGUCCCCCCCUUGUCAAAAUACAAGUGCGCAGUAAGGGAGAUUUCCGCAUCACACAUCUGGCCAUAGCAGGGGCGGACUGACAACUCAUGGGGCCCCCGGGCAAUAGGGGAUCAUGGGGCCCCUGUGUCCUUUCCCAAACUCAAAAAAGCCUAUGAAAAAGUUACCAGAGGCAUCUCAUGGGGCCCCCUACUGACCCCGGGCCCUCGGGCAGUGCCCGAGUUUCCAAAUGGUCAGUCCGCCCCUGCACCACUGUAAUA